CACCUAGAGAUGCAAUAGAUUAUUCCGAUGUAUUUACUAUUAGAGUAUUCGGGUUGGGUGUCGAACACGCACUACUACACCCAAACGCAGGGGUCUUGGACUACGCAGAACCAGACUUCACACACAGAUGUAUUUAUGAUAUAUCCACGCAUACACACGCACACACAUAGUACCAGGCACUCAUAACAACGGAACUUUCGGUAUAAGAUAGACAUAUAAACACGGUGUAGUAUAGACAUAUAUACACGAUGGAUGCAGUGGCACUGAAGGAAAAGGCGAAGGCCGAAGCGAAAGCUGAGCUCACGGCCCAUGAUCCCACACACGCACCCAAAGACGAGGUGGCACUUAAACGUACAUCUCAGUCAGACAUACCGGCAUCUAUAUACCCCUGUGACGAAAUAGAGCUCAAACGCAAACACGAACGCGAUGCUGAGCAGGACCACACUGCGGGCGUGGCCAAGAAACGCCCGAGAGGACUCAAGAAAAGGGGACAGGGCAGCACAGAUAAAGGGGUGCAAGUCGAGCAGGGGUAUGAGAGAAUGGAGCUGCCUGCCGAGGUUAGUGUGGCUGCUGAAGGAGAUGAGCGUAUCCAGUUGGAGAGUGAUUCAGCCCAUGAUGCGUAUGCACUCUAUGCCAGUGCCAUGGUCGAGGUUGAGAAGGACAACACACCCACAGCCAAGAAGUUUUUCGAAGGCGCUAUUCACGGGUUACAAGCACUUCUGGAAGUUAAGGAGAAGACCAACGACCUAGCUGACAACCUUCAUCUGUACACCUUAGGCAUGGCCUGGUGUGAGCUGGGUGUGCUUAUCGAUGAUACCGACUACAUCGGUCGAGGCUUGCAGUAUCUGGGCGAUGUGAUUGGCUCAGGCACCGCGGCGGCGCAUGUGUAUAUGGAUGCGGGGCAGAUGACCCUGUCACGGUACGACAAGGGCAAGCGAGUGCGUGUGCAGUAG